CACCGUGUUUUCAUCAUCACACAAGAGCGAGCGCAACAUUAUUCGAGUACGUAGCUUAACAAUAUUUUAAGCAAUUGCUGCUACAAUGAUAGCGCGGUUUCCUUUGUUGCCGUUGCUGUUGCUGGGAAUUGUUUUUCUAGCAUCAGUUUCUGUCUCAUUACAGGUGAAGCCGCCGAGUCACCACGAGUGCCUCCAGAGUUGCGAGAGUGAAACGGAUCCAUACAAGCGGAAAGCAUGCAAGCUUAGUUGCAAGUUCGUUCCUGAGCACGGGGAGCAACAACAUGAAGAAGAAGAAAGAGAAAGAGAACAUCCACAACCACACCCACCACACGAGGAGAGAGGACGUAGAGAAAGAGGACGCCAGGAAGGUGAGAAGGAGGAAAAGGAACAAGACGAGCGUGAAUUACAACCACGUCCAUUUCCACGACCAGAGGAGCAUGAAGGAGAACAGUGGAAAGGAAGGCAUCGUCAUGAAGACCCCGAAGAGAGGGCGAGAAUGAGACUGAGGGAAGCAGAAAGAAUAGAGAGGGAAAGGGAGGAACAGAGGGUGAGGGAGGAGGAAGAGAAACUCCGGCGACGUGAGAAGAAGGAACAACGGGAAGAGAAAGAAGAAGAAGGUCAAGGUUCGGAAGACUCACACUCAAAAAGACAGAACAACCCUUUUCACUUCAGCUCUAACAGGUUCCAAACGCUCUUCAAGAACCAACAUGGUCACCUUCGCGUCCUCCAGAGAUUCGACCAACGCUCCCCACAACUUGAGAACCUUCGAGACUACCGUGUUGUAGAGCUCAUGGCUAAACCCAACACCCUCUUUCUCCCCCACCACGCUGACGCUGAUUUUCUCCUCCUUGUCCUUAGCGGGAGAGCCUUAAUUAACUUGGUGAAACCCGACGACAGAGACCCCUACUACCUUGACCGUGGUUAUGCACAAAGAAUCCCUGCAGGAACCACUGUCUAUUUGGUUAACCCGGACAAGAAGAAAGAUCUCAGAGUGAUUAAACUCGCCAUACCCGUUAACAAACCUGGCAAUUUUGAGGAUUUCUUCCUAUCUAGCACUCAAGACCAGCAAUCCUACUUGCAAGGCUUCAGCGAGAAUAUUCUGGAGGCUUCCUUCAAUACCAAAUUCGAGGAGAUAAACAGGGUUUUGUUUGGUGGAGAGGGGAGGCGGCACCAGCAAGAGGGAGUGAUUUUGGAACUAUCAAAGGAACAGAUUCGGGAACUGAGCAAGCGUGCCAAAUCUAGUUCAAGGAGUACUAAUUCCUUCGAUUAUGAACCAUUCUACUUGAGAGGCUCCCAAAUCUCUUCCAACAACUUUGGAAAGUUCUAUGAGAUCACCCCUGAGAAGAACCCCCAGCUUCGGGACUUUGAUAUCCUCCUCAAUACUGUGGAUAUCAACGAGGGAGGUCUUCUUCUGCCACACUACAAUUCAAAGGCCAUAGUGAUACUAAUGGUUACUGAAGGAGAAGCAAACAUUGAACUCGUUGGCCUAAAAGAACAGCAACAGGGAGAGGAAACAAGGGAAGUGCGAAAGUAUAGAGCCGAGUUGUCUGAAGACGAUAUAUUUGUAAUCCCAGCAGCUUAUCCAUUUGUGGUCAACGCUACCUCAAACCUCAAUUUCGUUGCUUUUGGUAUCAAUGCUGAGAACAACCAGAGGAACUUCCUUGCAGGUUCGAAAGACAAUGUGAUAAGACAGAUACAAAAACAGGUGAAGGAGCUUGCGUUCCCUGCUGGGUCUGCACAAGAUAUCGAGAAUCUAAUAAAGAACCAGAGGGAAUCCUAUUUUGCUGAUGCUCAGCCUUUGCAAAAGGAGGAAGGGAAGAAAGGGUCCUUUGUCUUUUGAAUAUGUAUGCUUAGGAGACUAGGAGUUCACAGCGAGCGAGGAAAGUAUAGGGAUAUGUAACUAGAAUAACUUGAGAUCCACCUUUCUACUACUAGUAAAUAAAAUAAAUAAAUCGAGCAAGAUGGUUUUGUUUACUAUCUGCUAAGCAA